UGCAUUCUGUGUGAAAAUAGUUGCUCACUAUUAACUGUCAGUAUUUUUUUGGCUAAAGUUUGAAAUUUCCAAUUUUUUAUUUAAAAAAUGGAUCAUAAUUCAUCGGAAAAGCUUCAUGUUUUGGAUCAGAUUGAAAAUCAGAUUUACCAAAUGAUGCAAUUUGGAACGACUUCAUUAAAUGAAUUUAGUAAAGAUAAACCUAGUAUCAAAAAUGUUGAAAGUCAAGUGAGCCAAUUUGUUAAAUGUCUUGAAAUGGUUGAUAAUAAUGUAAGCAAACAGCUACAAUAUCUAUCGCAAGUAAGUACAUUGCAACCACAUGAAGGCUCAACUUAUUCGACUAUGAAAAUAAAUCAAUUGGCCAUGCUACGUUUGGAACAUGUUCGAUCUGGUUUAAACGAAUUGGAACAUCUAAAAAAACAGCAUCAAAUACAGCUGCAAAAAUAUCAAAGUUCAAAAACAGCAAAAAUAGAACCAAAUCAAGAUGAUCCAAUGGACAGUAAAUUAUCAUCGCAUCAUCAACAACAACAUUAAAAAAAGAAUAAAAUUUGUAAAUAAUGUUUUAUUUUCAUCUUUUAAUUAA